CCACCAACGUCACCAUCCCUCCGAAACUAACAACAUGGAGUCCGGUGUUUAGUGGGCAAAAACGGUCUUCACCGUCAACCAAACAUAUAUGCUUUUCCCGGUGCCCCCGAGGGACGCGCGCGACGCUCCUGAACGCGUGUAACGGAACGCGCACACACAUGCACUAUAGGCGGCGGUGUGUUCAUGUCAUAUGAAAUCAUACCGGACCCGGAGAGCGAGAGAUGUGAUUGGACGCAGGAGAUCCCAAAGACAGGCCGCUUUCUAAGAGGUAAAAGCAGCUGUGCCCAAACCAAUGCAUCAGGGGACCAUGGAGCUUGAAGGUGACCUCUUAACCAGGGACCCUCUUGAUCUGAUGUCCAACCAAGAGGAGGGGCCUUCAACAUCAACCUCCUUACUCUUACUGAACUAUGUAAUGUUGGGCUUGUUUCAACCCUCUGAACUCACAGGGAGGGUUAUCUCACGGUGACAUGGUGGAGAGCGGUGAUGGCCAUGAAGAUUUUGAAAGUCCAAAAUGCUUGUUCCCCACACUGGAGCAAUGUGGAAAGGCACAGAUAAGCCCCCGGUUGUCAGCAUUCCCUUCAUCCCUCACUUGGGACUCGGACUCAGAAAAGGAAACCUUAGACGAGGAAGAACUUCAACACUUUUCUAACCCUCAUGGUCUGGCUGCUCACAGCCCGGGAAGUCAAAUCUCUGGACAACAGGAAGACAGACUUGACAUUGAUCAGUGCCAAGAACAUGAGCAAUCAAAACACUUAUUUCAUGAGAAGAUCAUCCCUAGCCCCCUGGAGGUGCAAAAUCAAGAUGAUCUAGCACACAGGCAUCCAACAAGUACAGACUCACUGAAACAUUCAGAAAAAAUGGAACAAGACAAAGUGAGCCAUUUUCCAGAUGUUACACCAAAAGAUGGAUUCCAAAAAGAAAUGGAAGGUGAUAUGAAAAAACAUAACUUGAAGGGAAUGGUAAAGAAGAAUACCAAAGAGACAGAUAUAUACACCUUCCCGGGUGACUCCGAGCCAGAGAGCCCACCGCCCGGGCCUUGGGCACACUGCACCUUUAUCCAACGCAGGAGGAAAAAGAGGGCCAUACUGAGGCCUUUUUCCGGACUGGGGAAUUGGCAACGUACCACAGGAGCUGGCAGAAGGACCAGGGGGAAAUCCUCAGCAGCAAAGGAGCUUAAGAAAGCCAAAGACGUUGAGGGAGGAAUAUUUGAGUGUAAGGAGGAAAAGGGAAAGAAGGUACGGAAAAGACAGAAGAGGUCAGUUGUGGACCAGCUGGGGGGAGAUCUCUGUCAAGAUAUUUUCACAUGUGUAGAGUGUAGCAUUUACUUCAAAAAACAAGCCCAUCUUUGGGAACAUAUGCGAGAGCACGGUCAGAUCAAGCUUGGGAAGAAAUGGCAAUGCGGAGAGAAAGAGUCUUGGAGUGAACAGCUUAAUAAAAGCUUUGAAUGUGUAGAGUGUGGCAUGGAGUUUCUAGACCAGUUAUUGCUGCUGGAUCAUCACAGACGCCAUGAGGAAUCUCGGCAGAAAAUCUUGGAAGAAAUUGGAAAAUUAAAUGAGAGGGAAAAGCAAAUGGCAGAGCAAGCUAGUUGCAGUAAAACGUUGGAGCCGGUCACCGAAAAGUCGACAGAGGUUGGCUCUGGCAGGUUUGUGUGUAUGAAGUGCAGCUUUAGCUGUGAUGUGCCUCAAGAGCUUGCAGACCAUGCCAAGACACACAACACUAGAACAAGAGCCGGUGUCUAUCGAACGUCACCUCGUUUUCAGCAGAGGGCCUGCAAAAAAGGACAGGUUCAACCAUCAGCGGAUGCUUCGACAACGGAUGCUGUUGCAUCGCCUUUUAGCAAGAGGUACCCCAUUCGAGCAUCCAAAAAAAUUAAAAUGCAACUUAAAGAGGACACUACCCAAAUGCAAAAUCCCUCUUCUUGCAUGUCCCAAGGAGAGAAGAGCCCUGACAAAGCAACCCUGCAUGCGGAUACAAUCCACUUGGAGGAAACAAUCCAAACAGAAGAGUCCAAAACACUUGAUGCUGAUCCUGUAGUAGAGAACAUCCUACAGCCUCAAUGUCCUAUAUCACCGCCUCCAAAACCUCGCAAAAAUGCUGCCCCGCGGCGUAGAGAUGUGGCAUUCAAGAGUAUAGGAAAUAAGCGGUCAGCUCGGGCUGCGAAGGGUAAGGUUGGGCGCACGAGGGGAAGCAUGAGACUGGGUCCCAAGUCCAAUCUGACUCGCGAUGUUAAACAACAGGUUGAAAUUUCAAAUGAGACCAAAGAGAAGAACCCAAGGGAAGGCACUUUAACACCAGAACCAGAGCUUGAUCCAAACCAAGGCGCCAAUACAGGAAAAAAUCCACCGGUCACUUCUGUGGAUCGCAAAGCUUCCUUCUCACCAAAGAAGAGCAGCAAAAAGCUUCAGCCACAUGAAGAAGAUCCCAAACUCAACAAAGACAAAUCUGAUAGUGUAUGCAAGCUUGAGGAGGAGGACAAGCUUUUUGCUGCAAAAGUAGAGGCUGACGAUGAUAACGAUGCAGAAGAACAUGACAAUGAUGUGGUUAAUCGUCUCAUUGGUGUGUUAACAGAGGAGGAGGAGGAUGAAGAUGAUACAGAGGGGUUGUUGAAAAGUGUGGAAAGAAAAUGCCCUUAUUGCCCAGACCGAUUUCACAAUGGCAUUGGACUAGCCAAUCACGUCAGAGGUCACCUGAACCGAGUAGGUGUCAGUUACAAUGUUAGGCACUUUAUCUCCCCAGAAGAGGUCAACGCCAUUGAGAAGAGGUUCUCCUUCCAAAAAAAGAAGAAAAAAGUUGCCAACUUUGAUCCGUCAACCUUCAGUGUAAUGAGAUGCGAGUUCUGCAGUGCCGGCUUCGACACCCGGGCGGGUCUUUCCAGUCACGCACGUGCCCAUCUCAGAGACUUUGGAAUCACCAAUUGGGAAGUCACAGUUUCCCCCAUUAAUGUUCUCCGACAGCUCUUUGCUAAGCAUCCUAAUCUUGUUCUACCUACACCCUCUCAUGCACUUCAGUCAAGUCAAGAAGAAAUCUCUGAUGAGGAGCAUGAAGAUGAAAAACUUGAGGAACAUGACGAGAACACGACCACAAAGUCCCUCACUUUCUUUCCUGAUUCUUCAAAACAGCACUGGAAGGAAAAGCACAAUGUCAGUGAACCAGAUGAGGGUGGUGAGGAGGUGGAGGAUGAUGACGAAGAUGAGGAGGAGGCCAAAAUAGCCCUUACAGAUAACUUGUCCACAAGUCCAGGAGAAAAAGAUCUGUUUUCCCAUCAGGAACAGACUCCUGAAUCCAAAGAGACAGACACCAUAGCCUCCAGUUUAUUAAAAUGCGAAUUUUGCGGUGCUACCUUUGAGACACGUCGAGGUUUGUCCAGCCAUGCCCGCUCUCAUCUACGCCAGUUAGGCAUCGGUACAUCAGAGAAGAGUGGAGCACCUAUUGACCUCCUACGACAGAUCUCUAAAGAACGUGCCAUGGAUACACGUUUCACUGGCACCCCUCCAUCCAUGGCGUCACCUAAAAAACCCCAGCAUCAUGCCCUGUCUAUACCCAGCCCCACAAAAGAUAUCGAAACCGAAGAGGAACUUCUAGACACCAAGCCUACGGUCUCGUUCUCCGCAGGAUCAGUUGUAAAAGUUUCCUCGUCCCCGGCUACUUCCUCCGUGGCCGGCUCUUUGCCCUCGUCUCCAUUCGUAAAAUCGCGCUCUCCUUCUCCAGUCCUGAGAAAAGCUCCCAUCUCUUCCUUGCUGCCUGUUUCUUCCCCACUGCGAUCCCAGGAACACAAAACAUUGGGAAAGAACCAGGCCACAAACAUCUCCAGUCCCACCAAACCAUUUUGGGCACCACAGGACACAGAUGCCCCUUUGAAUCUUACGAUGGAGAUGGACUCCAAAGACAUUAUAUGCCAGUUGUGCGGUGCAUGGUUCGAAACACGCAAAGGCCUCUCGAGUCACGCUCGGGCCCAUCUGCGCCAUUUCGGGAUCGAAUACUCGGAAUCCAAAGGCUCCCCCAUCGACCUACUCAACCGCUUCAUUCUGACCGAUGACUUCAAGCACAAAGCCAAUGCCUUUCUCUCGGAUGGUCCCGAAGACCUGAGGUCCCAUAAAACCAGCAUGGCUUCCCCUUUACCCUCCACAUCUUCCACUAAAAGGCCUCUUCCAUCAAGUCCUCUCCUUUAUAAAACAACUCCAUUGAGGACCAACAUUGGCUCCAAGGCUACCUCAUCUUCUCCCCACACCUUGUUAGGUCCACCUGCAAAGAAGCAGAAAUCCUCGGCCAUGCAGGUGCUUCAUUUUAGUGGUGGUGAAAUGAUGUCCUUCCCAAUAGAGCCAAUAAAAGAUGUGAACUGUGAAUUCUGUGGAGAGCUUUUCGAGAACCGCAAAGGUCUCUCCAGUCAUGCCCGUUCACAUCUGCGCCAGCUCGGCAUUACAGAAUGGUCCGUGAAUGGCUCUCCCAUUGACACGCUACGAGAGAUUAUAAUCCGUCGAGGUUUACCGUCCAUCACACCUCUUAAAUCCCCAAAGUCCCCUUCUUCUCCGGGUCCGGUGGUGCCUCGGUCUGCUCUCCAUUCCUCUUCCCCAACCGGGAGUGUUCUUGGGCGUCUACCUUUCCACUUUCCUCAUUCCCCGAUCCAGGAUCAGACCGCUACCCGGAAAAUGUCUCCUUCAACAUCCACCGCUAGUUCUUCUCCGGCAGUGGAGAUGGUUAAACCAAAACCGGAGCCUGAACUUGUAGAAGUAACAAUGAAAGGGUCAGAUAUGGGUGUAAAUGAAGGCUACACCCCGGAGCCGCAACAUUCCGGUUUAAGCAGUUCAGAUAACAUUUAUCCAGUCAACUUCGUCAUGACACAGGAGAAGGAACCUUCCCGCGACAUUCGAUGUGAAUUCUGUGGCGAAUUCUUCGAAAACCGCAAAGGCCUCUCGAGCCACGCCCGUUCCCACCUGAGGCACAUGGGAAUCACAGAGUGGUCCGUAAACGGCUCGCCCAUUGACACGUUGUGGGAAGUUAUGAGACGACAGGGAACAACCCCUGCGUCUGUUGCCUUGGGAAUAAAGGGGGAACUGGAACAGGAUGGUAGGGAAUCAUCGAACAGUCCGAGCUAUCAUUCCCCCAUGCUAUCCCGCAAGUCGCCCCUUAACCUUCUCCACUCUGGUUCGCGCCUUCAUAAGCAUGGCCUUGGAGCGGUGAGCUUAACCUCCACCUCAUCUGUGGCCAAGUUAUUUGGGGUGAAUCAGCUAAAGAAGAAGGUGCAGAUGGACGAGGGAGCACCGGGAGAGAAGUCACUGCCUAUCCCAUCGAAAAACUUCUCGAAUCUUCCACAGGACUAUUCCUUUAAGAGCAAAGUCUCCAUAGAGAAACAUGGAAUGGGCCACAUGGAUGCCAGCUGUGAACUCUGUGGAUUUUACUUUGAGAACCGAAAAGCUUUGGCCAGUCACGCUCGAGCACAUCUGCGGCAAUUUGGCGUGACCGAGUGGUGUGUUAAUGGUUCGCCCAUCGAGACGCUGAGCGCCUGGAUCCGCAGCCGACCGCAGAAGGCAGCAGAGAUGCAGCAGAGUUACAAACAAGGAGCACGUUUCGCCCAAAAGAAAAGAUGCAAUUCUGCUCUUCCGCCGCCCCGUGAUUCUGACCCUACGACUCCUGCUUCCCCCAAGCCCACAGUGACCAAGUGGGCAUCUCUCACAUUGCCCCAAAAGAGGGCAAUAGGACGAGAUGCCAGCAGCUCUUCCUGGGGUUUAUCAUUAAGGGCAACAGAGGCAAAAAGCAGGAGCGGAAGUUCCACACAGCAUGGCCCGAUUCCUGAAAGUCGUCAUUCCAGUAACGCACUUCCACACGCGCAGGUGGCCCAUAGUGAACUCAACGUGCGCGUACCACGAGGAUUUGAGAGACGGCCACCGAAACAUCCGUCACAUGGCGAUGGAGGAGAAAGAGAGAGUGGCCCUCCAAAACCUCGCUCCGGUACCAUACCUGCUCUUGUGCCAAAGCCCCCUUCCACCCCACUGGUUAGACUUGUGGGUAAAAUUUACUCACUGAAGUGCCGGUUCUGUGACGUGGAAUUUCACGGUCCCCUCUCGGUACAGGAAGACUGGAUCAGGCACCUACAGCAGCACAUCCUCAACCUGAACUACAAGACUGAACCGCCCGUGAAGGACGCAUCUCCUAAACUCCCAGCCGCUACCUCCACCUCCACUACAACCACGACUCUCACUGCCACCCCCUCUGUGCCGCCCCCAGACCCCACGGCCACGCCCACACCAGCAUCUGAACCUGCACCCACUCCGGCCCAAGCCUCAACGCUGCCCCCUGUGGCCACCUCAGUGCCACUACCCACAUCAGAGCCACUUUCAUUCCCCGCUAAAUAGUGUCGCUUCCAUAUGUAUGUAUCAUAAGCUAUUAUAUCUCUUGUUUUGUUUCUGUACAGACUGUUACUGAAUAUUUGUUUCUGAGAGAUUUCGUAAAAUCUCUGAUAGCGACCCACUUAAAACCUGCCCUACAUUAGACAAGCAUCU